AUGGAAGAUGUGCCGUCGUACCGCUCGCAGCCAGCGCUGAUACCUAUGGUCGACUUCGAAAUGGCGAACCCCUACACACCUCCACCAUCAAGACUCCAGACCUUGCGACUCGAAGACAACAGCGGCAUUCAUGCCAGUAACUUCCAUGUAGCAUGUCAAGAAAAGGGCCUCACUCCACACUUCACGUUUCGUGAGCCUGCUCAGGGCGCUUUCAUCAUAACGUUGAGCAUUGACGGUCAGAAGCUCGAUGAGCUUGGACCGUAUGCUUCAAAGAAGGAUGCCAAAGAGGCCAUCUGCAAAUUGUGUGUGGCCAGACUUGGAGCGUUUGACAAUCGUAAGAAGCGCAAGAGCGUCAGUCCGGAGACGGACGCUUUCGCUAUGGUGCCCGCAACCUUGAACGAGGAGAACUGGACCAGCACUCUCCUUGAAUACUGUCAGGGCAAUAAACUCCCGCAAGCCACCUACACUGAGAGCUGUACGCAUCCGAGCCGCGGACCACAUUUCUGCACAGUGCGGUUUCCGGGCAGUCCUAUCACGCCAUUCGGCUCGACUACCCUCGGAUUCAAGAACAAGAAGGAUGCCAAAAAAGCUGCAUCGAUGGAUGCUGUCCUUUGGCUGCGCGGUCAAGGCAAACUCGAGGAAAUUGGCAACGACCAAAGCAUGACCUUGGACGGCACCGCAGAUCCCGCAAACCCGCUUCCUACUUUUCACGAUGCCAUGGAUGUGAAUAGCUGCGGUAUUGCGCCGCAAGGAUCGAUUGGGAAGCAAGUUCAAGACUUGUGCUUAGCAUUGGGCUUCAGCCAGCCGGAGUUCGAGAUCGAACCCCUUGCUGGAGCCUUCUGCAACUUGCACGCGCGAUUCCUGCCGAGGGACGUGGCGCGCGAACCAAGACUCGCUGGGCCGAUUGCGCCAGUAACCAAUGUCUUUGGAAAGAGGGUAGCGAAAGAAGAGUGUUGGAGGGAGCUGUUGAAGAUUCUGGAGGCUAUUCGGAGGAGCCGGAUGCAUGCCGGUUGA